AUGGCGCCCGUGAUAUCAUCAAUAGGCCAGACACGGUCACGGCUUCCUACCAAAUGGAUGCAGACCGCGGAUGCCACUGCCACUACCACCAUCAAAUAUGUAGACGGCCAUCGUUCUCCAAGCGAGAGUCCGUUGCGAUGGUCGACACACACGCUCGCUGCCGAUCCACACGAUACCGUCCGUAGUCGCGCCGACUCCACUGCAUCCACUUUCGUCGACACGUUUGCACACCGUCGCAAGAACCGAAUCAGCGAUCUCACCUUUGUCGACGAUUUGGACGAAGCUGCUCUGACCCACCUUCCGCAGUCAGACAGCCUGACUUCGGGUUUCAACGAUGCAUCUCUCACGCUGAACAAUGAUGACGAUGACGACGACCACGAGUCCUCCGACCCGACCCAGUUGACAUCCUAUAAAGCAAGUUUGACGCACAACACCAAUCACACUACACGCUACCCUCACGCUCGACCAAGCGCCGCACUCGACGAUGACGAUGAUGAUGACGGCCUUGAGCAUGACGACAUGGCACAGCGCAUCGAUCGCUUGAUGGCAGCUACCAUGGAGGCACUCGAGGCUUCCAACCGACUCGUCCUCGACACUCUCUCGUCCAGGGCUAAGCUCGCUCAACUGAAUGCUAUCGAAGCAGCGCUCGACUCGCACCUCGACGCUAGAGAAGCGCAUCUCAAGCGCCAAAUCCAAGCCGUCACGGACAUGACCGACUUUGUCGCCAAAACCUCUGCCGAGCUGCAAAAGCUCACGGGUGCUUCUAGUGGUGCGCGCGCGCCUUCCGGAGUCGCCUCGACGAGCCAGCGCUCCUCCCUCGCUGAACCAGCCGAGCUUCAGGUGCGAGAUGCUGCUGCGACGGGAAUCGUCCAGGCGCUUGAUAGAGAUGCCACCAUUGGAAAAACAGCAGCCAAGCGUUUGGAGCGCAUGCUUCAGACUCCAUCACCAUCCGCAUCGCCAACGUCUGCAGCACAUGCACCACAGAGGAAAAGCAACAAUGCGAACAGACGCGCUUUCUCCAUAUCCAACCUUGGCUCUAUCCAGUCCAGCAUCGCAGAAGAGGCUCCGCUCGAGGCUCAAGGCGGGCCGGGCAUGCCGGAUCCUGCUCAAGAUGUCUUCUCCACACUGUCCGACAGCCGCACAUCGACGCCUCAGAAGAAGCGCUCCGUUAGCUACGACAGUCGCGCUCCAAGCGCCAUCAAGCUGAUGGGCAAACUUUCCGCUCCCACCAUAGCCUCCACCUCGGGCGCCGUUUCCAGCGCAAGUGUGCUUCCCAGCGCGACAGCUGCGGUUGUGUCCUCUAUCGCUUCUGUUGCAGGGUCGUCCGAUUCAAACGGCGCGAAAGGGGGCACCACGACGCGUCCUUCGCUCAUGGCAACACUUCGGCAAGAUUCGACAUCGACGUCUCCCUCACGCUCGUCUCGUGAUGACAGCACGGCACGGCCGCAGACAAGAGGUACCUUGGGUCUAACGAGUUACAGUGGAAGUGCCCGUUCGAAAGCGUCGGCAAGUGUGGGAGUGGCAUCGACCAGCGUCGAGUCAACGCUGGCAGCCCUUCUCGGCAUGCCCUCGGCGGCGGCAUCGGAAUCGUCGCGCACCGAAACACCUUCCGAGUCUUCGUACUUUGACAGCGCCGUCGAAGAUUCGAUCUGUUCAGCGUCGCCUCCCACGCCAGGCAGCAUGCACGCCAUCCACGGUGUGCUGGCUACUCCUUGGAAGCCUGCUACGCAUGAAGGCAAGCCGGACAGCGUCGACGUGCAUCCAUCGAGCCAGCAACGGUCAGCUCGACGUGCUUCGGUAUACGCCAACAUGGUAAGCCCACGAGCCUCGCUCUCGCUUUCGGAUCGCGACCGGGCUCAGCAGCUGUCGUCGCAGCUUGCCGAACUGGCGAGCGAGCGUGCCACGUGGAAUCCGCAAUCGGCCGGCAGCGCCAACUUUGGCAUGGCGGGCAGCUCGGCGACCGGAGUAGGCAGUGGCGGAGGUGGAGCGCUGCGUGCGUUGCAAAAGCUCAACCAAAUGUCGGCGGCCAAGAUUGCUGGGCAGGGCGGCGCUUCUGCGGAGCAACAAACCGGUAGCAAGCGAGUCUCCCUUGGCCUUGGCCUGCCCAGCUUCUCGGCUUUGAGACCGAGUGCCAGUCGCUCCACCUCUACGACUCAAGCGCCGUCUGAAGCACCAACCGCACCUGCAUGUGCGGACGUUUCUGCCGCGCUGUCGCCCCCUGCACAGGCUCCAUCUUCGGCCGUGGUUGCGGAUGCGCCGGCGAAAACAAGCAGCAACCUGAUUGCUGCGGACGAUCAAGCAUCGACAGAUCCCGAUCAGAACGCCACAGCAGCCGAUAUUCCGUCGUCUUCCUUGCUUGGCGGAGGCUGGCGCUCCUGGACGUCGUGGAACACUGCGCCUGCAGCUCCCGUCCGUGGCGAGACCUCUGCAUCGCACAAUUGA